AGUCUCGCGAUCGUUCCUGAGCGAGGGCCUCUCCAUCUCCAGGGAGGUGUGCUUCAUGGCGGUCACGGAGACUGCGGUAAUUCUUUGUCGUCGACAAACGUCGUCUGUUAAUCACAUUUCUACUCAAGCGGACGUCGUUUAACAAAAUUUAUUGAGUCGUUGAAGCUUCCCCCAUCACCCCCAAACCCCUCGGGGCUUUUCUUCCUCAGUUUGGUGGAGCCAACGCUAGGCGGGUUUGGUAGGGAGGUGACGUUAUGACGAUGGAGAAUGGACAGGGCACAGGCUCUAAGCUUGGCCUGCCGCCGCUCACCCCGGAGCAGCAGGAGGCGCUGCAGCGGGCAAAGAAGUAUGCCAUGGAGCAGAGCAUUAAGAGUGUGUUGGUGAAGCAGACCAUUGCCCAUCAGCAACAGCAACUCACUAAUCUGCAGAUGGCAGCAGUGACUAUGGGCUUUGGAGAUCCUCUCUCACCUUUACAAUCGGUCAAUAGAUUAUUAAAUUUUUUUCUGUGCGCAUUCCCAAUGGAAAAAAAAAGGACUGUUGAUUUGGCAUCAAUCCCUGCAUAUAUCUGAGCAAAGAAUGACUAUUUUGUUAGCGUCCUUCUAGUGUAGCUGCCGUAAGUGAAUUGACAAAAGCUUUGAGAGACACUUCCAUAACUGCUAAGUGAAGUCACGGUGGGGCUUUUCCGUUUUUAGCUUUUGGAACGAAAGCUAAAGAUCUUUUGCUUUCAAAGGUCUAGAAGCGGUUUCUAUCACCAUCCUCGCAUGGGAUAACAGAUGGUUAGCCGUUGUCCCGUUCGCGGGAUGUCAACGAGAGCCAGAAGGUGGCAGCUCAGCGGCAGCGUGCUCUCGCCAUCAUGUGCCGGGUGUACGUGGGCUCCAUUUACUAUGAGCUUGGUGAGGACACCAUCAGACAGGCCUUUGCUCCUUUCGGCCCCAUCAAGAGCAUUGACAUGUCUUGGGACUCGGUGACAAUGAAGCACAAGGGUUUUGCCUUUGUGGAGUACGACGUGCCAGAGGCUGCCCAGCUGGCUCUGGAGCAGAUGAAUUCCGUCAUGUUGGGUGGGCGCAACAUUAAGGUUGGGCGGCCAAGUAACAUCGGUCAGGCGCAACCCAUCAUUGACCAGCUGGCAGAGGAAGCGCGUGCUUUUAAUCGCAUCUAUGUGGCCUCGGUGCACCCCGACCUGUCGGACGACGACAUCAAAAGUGUCUUUGAGGCUUUCGGGAGGAUCAAAUCGUGUACGUUAGCCCGUGACCCCACCUCCGGACGGCACAGAGGCUUCGGCUUCAUUGAGUAUGAAAAGCCUCAGUCGGCCGUGGACGCCGUGUCUUCAAUGAAUCUCUUUGACCUGGGGGGUCAGUACCUGCGGGUGGGCAAGGCGGUCACCCCACCCAUGCCCAUGCUUACCCCCACCACCCCCGGUGGUCUGCCACCGGCGGCGGCAGUGGCUGCAGCGGCGGCCACUGCCAAGAUUACGGCCCAGGCAAGUAUGAAUCCCUUCCAAAGGGAUUUAAUGGCCUUCCAGGAGGCCGUAGCUGGCGCGUCAGUCCUGGGGGCGUUAGCUGCGCCCCAGCUUCUUAGUCAGCAGAUGGGAAUACCGCAGGCCGUUAUGGCCGCGCAGGCGCCCGGCGUCAUCACAGGGGUGACUCCUGUGCGUCCCCCCAUCCCAGUGCUCCCCCAGGUGGGCCUGGUGAACCCUGUGCUAGCGUCGCCACCCGUCCUCUCCAGUCAGGUGCUGGCGGCGGCAGCCGCCGCCGGCCAGCUGCAGGAGAAGAAGGAGGAGAAAGAGGAGGCGCUCCAGGACGGCACGGGCCAGGAGAUGCUGAGCGACCAGGAGCACAUGAGCAUCUCGGGCAGCAGUGCCAGACACAUGGUCAUGCAGAAGCUGCUUCGAAAGUCAGAGUCCACAGUAAUGGUCCUGCGCAACAUGGUUGGCCCUGAGGACAUAGACGACGCCCUGGAAGGCGAAGUGACGGAAGAGUGCGGCAAGUUCGGCUCGGUCAACCGCGUCAUCAUCUACCAGGAGAAGCAGGGGGAGGAGGAGGACGCCGACAUCAUCGUCAAGAUUUUUGUGGAGUUCUCCAUGGCAUCGGAGAUGAACAAAGCCAUCCAGGCACUCAACGACCGCUGGUUCGGCGGGCGCAAGGUGGUCGCCGAGGUCUAUGACCAAGACCGCUUCAACAGCAGCGAUCUGUCCGCGUGAACCACUUCCACACUCGUACCCCUCAUUCCCCUUACUGGCUAUGUCUCUUUUUGUUUUGCUUUUUUUUUUUUUGGAAGAAUAGCUGUUAAUUAAUGAGGCCCCAUUGGGAGUUUGUUUGGCUUUGUUAGCUGUAAAGACUCCUCCGUGGUGCAAGUUUCACAUUUUUGUAACCCAGACUCAAUUAAACAAACAAAUAUAUUCAUUUUGUUUUGUUUUUUUUGGGGGGGGGCUCAUUGACAUUUUUAUAAAAAAUGAAAUCAUUGGACCAUGUAAACACUUUGUUUUUACAAUUAAAGGUUAUUUGUCCACAA